UCUUCCACGCGCGGCAAGCCUUGAGAUGAAGGUGGCUCCAUACGCAUAGAAACAGAAGCAAUGGGAAACUUUUUCUGUGCGCCAAUCUUUUUGUAUGUUGCUCUCUUUGUCAAUAAAGUGAUUCGCCAUCAUUAUUUACUCGUGAGCGUGUAGGCGGUCUAAGUUCCUGUGAACGAGUUUUUCUCGCUCCUCUGAACAUUUUUUUCGGAGCAGCUCGUUCUCUCUUUUCUCCCAUGGAACUAGAGAAGGCCUCUCUUUUUAAAAAUGUGGUUCAUCGAUCAGAUGCUGGAUUAAUUGUGUCCGAAAUCAAGCAUGAUGAGAAACAUAUUCAACUUAAGAAAAGGUGGUUGUUGGGCAUUGCUGCUACAAAAUCUGAUCAAAAGCGCUUCAAGAAGUCUGAGUUUUUAAAAGAUAGGUUUUUGCAUGAGUCCUUGCUUAGGGAAGAUGAUAUAUUUUAUGAAUCAGCAAGAACUUAUGUUGAAGGUAUCUUUGGGGAAUGCCAUAUUGAACGAGAAUUUAAUGUUAUUCAGGAUGAGAUGUUAUCUGUUGACAUAGCCAUCAUUAAGAGGAUGAUAUCAUGCCUGGAUAUGAUGACCACCAAAGGCCUAUAUCUUCUUGCCAUGAUAAUUACUGGUGGUUCAGUCAAGUUUGAGAAAACUCGUUGCAAAUUGAAGAAGAUUGUCAAGAGUUUUCUUUCAAAUGCUCUUGGCAACCAAAACCAUAAUUGUUCCCAACUGGAAAUUUUCAAACAGCUUUUUGGACUUAUCAAUAAUCAACAGCAUUUUCGACAUAAUUGCAAACCCUUAUCUGCUUCAAGAUCCCAAUAUAAACAUUGUGCCAUAAAAAAGGUAUUGGAUGGCUUAAAUCACUUUCCCCAUCAAACCCUGAUGGCAAUGCGAAGAAAGCUUAGGGGAGUGAAAGCAACCAUGCCUCAGUUACGGACUAGCAGAAAGGGAUGGAGACAAAGAAAAUUGGUGGGUGAAGUAGAGGAAUAUGAUUAUGAAAUGCUUUCUCAGCUUGAUGAAGGAGAUGAACUACAAGAGCCCUUAGCCAGAGCAAUGGCGGUAGCUGACUUAUCACUUAAACUUGUGACACAUCGUAAUGGUAUAUUUUCAGAGGAAUUUUACCAAUUCUCAUCUGGAGUAAAGUCCUUGCAGAAUGAUAUUAUGAAAGCUAUAUGGUUAGUUGAAAAAGAAGUGGGAAUACAAGAGCUGAGAAAUUUGCAGAUCCUUUUAGAACCAAAGGCUAAAGUAUCAAAUAAGAUACUACGGCCAGCUUUUACAGAAUUGUUGACUGAAUUUCUUUUCGAGUGUGAUGAUGUGGAGAGAAUACCAAAGAGUCUAUUUAAGAUCUUAGAUUUCAUUAACGGGACUUCGGGUGUUAAACCUCUUCAAUUGUUACAGGAGAAGAAGGAGAAAAUUGAAGAAGAGGUUGAUUGCAUAUUAAGUGUCAGUGCUCAGACAAAACAAAUUGUUUUGGAUUUGUUGCCUGACUAUGGGUUUGAGGAAGAUUUUGCUGAUGCAUAUGUGGAACAAUUAGAAGAAAGUGAAGAUGACUAUGAUGAUUGUCCAGUAGGGGAAAAUAGACACGUCAUAAAUGGCAACUGUGAUUCAAUGGAUUCAAAAUACAAAUCAGAAAGUAUUGGGCAGUUUGUACCCUUUGGUUUCAAUCCAGCUUCCUCUAUGGCUGGCGAGAGAAAUUGCAAUUCUUCAACAGUUUCACCUGAGAGAGUGUUAGGUGAAAAUUUUGUUAAAAGACAUAAUUUGAUUGAAUGUAAUGCUGGGAUGGAUCCGGGAAACGUAGCAACAAAUUUUUCAUGUGAGGCAGCAGAACCGGAGCCAACAAAGAACAUGAGAGAGAACCAAUACCUUACCAUUCAAGAUGCUUGUGAUGAGACAAGUCUGCUUACUCAUAAACUUAUAGGUCGUGUGUUGUGGGAGUUUGCUAAAUUUGAAGGCCUGAAUCUAAAUGCGAGUCAGAGUUUAUACUUGAGAGGUGAUAAUGAUACUAAAGAUGCGAAAGCAGCAGAACAGUCAUCAUCAUCUGAAAAAGACGCCAGAAAUUCAGCUAUUGUUCGUAUAGUAAAAGAGCUGGUCCCUUCCUUUUCAGAUAGUGCCAUGGAAAGACUGAAGAUAUUGAUUGACUCAUGAUAAUGUUCUUCAGUCCCAGAUUAUAAGGGGGUCAACAGGGGAACGGCGUUUUGAAAUACUUUCAGCUAUGUAUUAGCCUCAUCAAGUGGUGAGGUUUUAGCAAGCUCGCUCUUUGCCUUGCUCAUCCCUAAGGAAUUUCCAUGUAAGGGGAUCUUGAUCAGUUGCAAAAUACUAUGAUAAUCACUUUGAAAGUCAAGUCCAGCAAAGAAAAAACUACGGAGUUGAUGCAGGAGAUGGAGAGGCAUUUUGGAUCAGAAAGCAGAGAUUUUAGUACAUUUACACGCGACCAGUAUUUGGCAGGAAAGAUGGUGAUAGAAACAGGAAGUUACAUGAUUUCCCUCGUAAAGUCACACGGGGAUGCGUUCCCAUCAAGUUGAUGAAACAAACUCUUGCGAUCCAAGUGCCCUUGAGGUGAUAGGACAUGAUUUCGGCCGAGCCAAGUGCUAUGUUUGUGUGUUUUGGCAUAAUCAUGAGCACUUCUGCAAAGAAAAAGUGUAAUCCCGGGCAAGUAACCUCAGACUUGGAUUCCCUAUGGUGGCUAAAUCCAGGCAGUGCUCAAAUGCUGUUAUAAAGUUAAAAUAUUUUAAAUAUAACUUUUAGUCCUUGAAUUUUUCCUCAAUUAUCAAUUUAAUCAUUCACCUUUAACUUGGAACAGUGUAGUCUUUAUAGUUUCUUGACUCAAAACAGUUCAAUUUUUAUAGCUUAUUGACUUGAAAUAA